UAGAAUUGUAGAACAAUGGUAUUGUUAGCGACUGUUAGUUCCAUUAUAUUGUCAAUUAUUCAUUUAUAAUCCUAAAAGAUUUAUUACUAAAGUGGACCUGAAUAACCUUAGAUUAUUUGUAUAAGUAAAUUUAUAAAGGUUUAAUUGAUAAUAUUGUGUUUUUUGUGUGUUAAUAUGGAUCCGGGUAUCCUUUGUUUCCACCAUUGUGAUCACAAAGUUUUUUGUACUAUUAUUCCGGAACAAUGCCCAGUUUGCAAACAAAAACUUGAUCGAUAUGACUACAAGCUUCUACCGUUCCGAGUUCCAUAUCCGUUUGUAAAAGCAUCUCAACAUCCAAGGGCGAUAGUUAUGAAGCCAACUCAAGGUGAUUUUCUCAAUGACUACUACAAUUCGCAAGACUUGCACAUCGGGGUCACUAACUCUCACGGGUGUGUCAUUGAGUUCAAUGAGGAGGGCAUUUGGGGUGUUGACCCUGUGACAAAGGAAUGGAGCAACUGUGACAACAGCGCACACUGGGACCAGUGUCUGAUGCUGGAACAAUUUGACGAAUUGUGGAAUGAAAUAUGGGACAGUGUGCUCUUAAAGAUAAGCUCUAGUCCUCUUUGGGAAGCUCAUAGAUAUAAUGAAGAGAGACAUAAUUGUUUUACAUUUGUGCUGGCAUUCCUGAGAGCUCUAGAAUGCGGUGAACUUUCUGAGAAGGCUCAGGAUCCGAAACUUUUCUGUAAACAGUAUGUUGUUCCCAGAACUUCAGCUGCAGGGAAGUAUAUCUCUUUGUAUAGACGAUUGAAACGACAAAGUUACUUUAUACAAAGCCAAUGAUAACUUCAGACCUUAUAAUUUAUUAUAUAUUUAUUUAUUCAGGUGUGUCUGUGAUGUUAAUAUUAAAAAUAUCGAAUUGAAAUGCAUUUAUUU